AUGAUCAAGGAUGUCCGUCGACGAGCACCUUUCUACUGGAGUGACUGGAAAGACGCAUGGGACUAUCGAGUCGUACCCGCGACCGUCUACAUGUACUUUGCCAACAUCCUACCCGCACUCGCUUUUUCCCUCGACAUGUUCGAAAAGACGAAGCAAAGCUUUGGCGUCAAUGAAGUGCUACUCGCCUCUGUGUUGGGCUCGGUCGUCUUCUCGCUCGCAGCAGCACAGCCGCUCGUCAUUGUAGGCGUUACGGGCCCGAUUACCGUCUUCAACUAUACCGUGUAUGACAUCAUUGUACCGCGCGGCACAAACUACUUUGCCUUUAUGGCGUGGAUUGGGAUUUGGUCGCUUAUCUUUCACUGGAUUCUGGCGGUUACCAAUUCGUGCAAUGGAUUGCGAUAUGUUACGCGGUUUUCAUGCGACAUCUUUGGGUUCUAUGUUGCGUUCAUCUAUUUACAGAAGGGGAUUCAGGUCUUGACACGACAGUGGGCAGUCGAUGAUGCGUCGGCGUACCUGUCCAUUGUGGUUGCGCUGCUGGUCACGGCCGUGGCGUACUUGUGUGGUGUAAUUGGGCAAUCAUCGCUUCUGCAACGCCAUGUAAGGAAGUUCAUCGAGGACUACGGUACCCCCUUGACCGUGGUAUUCUUCACGGGCUUCGUCCACGUUGGCAACAUGUCAGGUAUCGAGCUGCUCAAGCUACCCACCUCCAAAGCCUUCUUCCCUACGACCGAUCGCGGAUGGUUCAUUCACUUCUGGGAUAUCAGUGUCGGCGACGUGUUCCUCGCUAUCCCGUUUGCCAUUCUCCUUACCAUCCUCUUCUGGUUCGACCACAACGUCUCCAGCCUUAUCGCACAGGGCACAGAAUUCCCUCUCCGCAAGCCGGCAGGAUUCCACUGGGACUUAUUUCUCCUGGGUCUAACAACCGGUGUCGCCGGUCUCCUCGGUAUUCCCUUCCCCAACGGCCUCAUCCCCCAAGCCCCCUUCCACACAACCUCCCUCUGCGUAACCCGCACCCUUUCCGCCGGCGACCAAAGCGACGACGACGACGAAGCAAACAAAGGCCACACCCGCACCGUCGUCGACCACGUCGUCGAGCAACGCGUCUCAAACCUCGCCCAAGGCCUCCUCACCCUCGGCACCAUGACCGGCCCUCUACUCAUCGUCCUCCACCUCAUCCCCCAAGCCGUCCUCGCCGGCCUCUUCUUCGUAAUGGGCAUCCAAGCCCUCGAAGCCAACGGCCUCACCCUCAAACUCCUCUUCCUCGCCCGCGACCGCCACCUCACCCCCAAAUCCGAGCCGCUACUCCGCAUCCAGCGCCGCUGGGUCAUCUGGGCCUUUGUCGCCCUCGAACUCAUUGGCUUCGGCGCCACUUUUGCCAUAACCCAGACCAUUGCCGCAAUCGGCUUCCCCGUCUUCAUCUUCCUCUACAUUCCCAUGCGCACCUGGCUCAUGCCCCGCUUUCUCACGCCCGACGAGUUGGCCGUUUUGGAUGCCCCCACCGCCAGUCCGUUUACCAUGGAGAGCGUCGGCGGAAAUCAUGGUGAGGUGCUUGCUGAGAUGCAGCCUGUGACUGCGUUACACCUGGGUGAUGAGGCGGAGAGGGGGCAGAGCAUGGCGAGUGGGGUUGGAGAAGCGGAAGGAGGAGGAGGGGGUAGGCGGAGGAGGAGUUUUCCUAAUACGAGGGGUGAGGGGGUGGAUGAUAUUGAGAAAUCAUAG